CUGACCGGCCAGCUCAUGGAUCCCUCUCAGAAUUCCUCAUCUGAAGAUGAACGGAGUUAACUUAUAACUAAAUAAAUAAAGCUGAAGUUAAUAAAAAAAAAAAAAGUGCAAACAUUAUAAAACUCUUAUCGUUAUUUACUGUAAGGCAGUAUUUUGAUUGUAGAGGGCGCUGUGGGGAUUUUUAAGCGCACUCUUUCAUGUGAACGAAGAAGAAGCAGGAAGGCGCCUUCUGAGUGCGCAUGCGUUGCUAAUUUUUCCCCCUUCGCAGCCUUUCGUUUUCCCUCUAAAAGAAAACAUCCUUCUGCUACGUGAGUGUAACUUUAUGGCCAGAUACAUGAGGCCUCCAAAUACGUCUUUGUUUGUCAGGAACAUCUCUGAUGAAUCCAGGCCUGAGGAUUUGCGGCGUGAGUUUGGCCGCUAUGGGCCGAUAGUAGAUGUCUACAUCCCACUUGACUUCUAUACACGUCAGCCAAGAGGAUUUGCAUACAUUCAAUUUGAGGACGUGCGUGAUGCCGAAGAUGCUCUUCACAGCCUGGACAGGAAGUGGGUCUGUGGUCGGCAGAUUGAAAUCCAGUUUGCACAGGGCGACAGGAAGACACCAAAUCAGAUGAAAUCAAAGGAGCGGCGUUCCCCAGGAAGAUCCUCCCGGUAUGACGACUACGAUCGAGACAGCCGGCGCCGGCGGUCACGCAGCCGCAGUUACGAAAGAUACAGGUCGCGCAGCCCGUCUUACGAUCGCCGCCGCAGACGUUCGGAGAGUCCUCGAGAGUCUCGUGGACGGGUGUAUGGAAGAGGAAGAAGCAGGAGCCGCGAGGAUGACAGAUACAAGCAGAGACCCCGGAGAGUCUCCAGAGAGCGAUCCCGCUCCAGAUCCGCAUCUCCACGAGAGAACGUCAAACCGCCGUCCACGUCCCGCUACGUCGAGGAAGAAGUCCGACAGACGCAUUCCCCGUCCCGCUCCAGGUCCCGGUCUGCGUCGAGAUCACACUCUCGCUCACGUUCUCGGUCCCGGUCCUGGGCCGGGCGCAAGACAGGAGGACGCUAAAGCAGAACCCACUCCCCACCCCGUUCCCCCGGUUCUGUCAGACAGAGCAGAGCUGGUCGUUUUGUUAAGUAAAGGUGUUUGUUUGCCAUGAAUGUAACGUCCAUUUGUAGAAAGCUCGUUUUCGCUAUUCCAUUUUAAGAACAGCGCUGCAGCUCCUCGGCUUGGUUUUAUAAAGUUGUUCGGUGAUAUUUCUCUUUAGGAGCAAGAUUCAGCGGUUUCUGUGCUCAGCCUGACGGGAAGAAUAUCCAGUCUUUUUAUAUAUACAACCAGUUACUGAUGAUUUUUGUUUUCUAAACCCUAUGCACCCACUUUUGCUAAACAAUCCCUGACAUUCAGUAUUCUAAGGAAGUAUUGAGUCUGUUGGUGAACCAAAUGCAUCUUUGUGUGUUUUAUAACUAAUCAUGUACUAGGUACUUUACUGUCAGCCAGUUUCACCGCUGUUUUUUAAAUUUACAUUUGUUUGACAGCGAUAAAGCAUCACCAUGAGAUAAAUGUGUUCAAGAUUUUUUUAAAGAUGUGUUUUAUGGAAGGAACCGAGAAAUUCUUGAAAGAAAAGGCAUUAAAGCUGAUGGCGUGUGUCUGCAGUUUAGUCAAGUACAUGAGCACGAGUGCUAAAACGCACAGAGGUGAUGCUGUGGUCCCUAAAGUGUUAAAGACGUCAACAACAAACUGACCUAUACGGUCAUUUGUUUUCUCUUUGUGGUGUUUUCUGUAAGAGUUAAACCUUUUUUUUUCUGUUUUUUUUCCCCCCCAAGUUAUUGUUUCUUUGAGGAGAAGCAGGUUUACUUGACGGUGUUUCUCAGAACAACUCGUGUCGCUGCAUGUUUUAUUCUUAUCUUCUAUCUUUAGUAGGGAAAAAAAACUGUUAUUUUGAUUAAUAAAUGGUUAACUUUCGGUUAAAGAAAA